UUUAUUUACGGCGGCCGCGUACGAUGGAAGGGCCAUAGCCCUCCUGUAACGGGUGUCCUUAUCCUUCCCCUUUAUUUAUCUCUUGCUCAUACACUCCAUACAUCCUUGGCCGCCUGCUCCGCUCAUACUCCCUGCAAAAAGAUCGAAAGUUUGCCAGAUACGAGCACAAUUCCGCCAAUUCCCCACCCACGCACCCUUCCUCCCCUGUUCCGUUUCCCGCUUAUUUCAACUCUUUAAUUGUCUCUCCUACGACCCCAACGCACAGUACGACCUGCUAUUCAAAUGUACACAUACUUCUAAUUAUCAAGCAUCCAUUAAAGCAAGACAUACUGUAACACUGCGUCUACAAACCACACUUUCUCAUGGCAGCACCGUACCACACCGUCUCAGAUCCGUCAUACAACUUUUUUCCCGCUCCUAUUCCUAGUCACUUCAUACCCACUCGUCCGGGAUUGGCCACCACUUCCCCCACAUACUCUCCAUCUGUCGAUCAAGGACCGUGGCCCCAGGCUCACGUCGCUCCUUCUGUUGUUGGUUUGCCAGUGGUGGGCCCGAUGUCCAUGCCCGGUCCACGGAUAUCUCGCUCUUCAGCCUCGGGGUCAUCUGGCUCGGGUGUGAUGAUAGAGGAGCAGGAGGCACAAAGAAGAAACCCUCUGGUAGAUUUGAUGGAAAGUGAAAAGCUCUACGCGGAGCAAUUAGGUCUGAUCAUUCGGCGAGCCGCAGGUGCAUGGUCUAGAAAAAACUUUCCGCCAGCUAAGCUAGAUUCCAUGUUUAGAUCUGUGGAGGCUGUGUAUCGGGCGAAUAAGGGGUUUGGGGAGAAACUGAGGGAGAUAGGGCCAAAUCCAUCUAGCCCUAAGGCCCUCGGGGACAUUCUGAUGCGAUGGAUAGACGACCUUGAGCCAGCAUACCAUAGAUACGCCACAAACUUCUUGUCAGGUUUCGACUCAUACCUUCCUGUCAUCCGUAACCCACUUCUACCCGGCAUCCUGGACGAAAUAUCGUCAAGCUCAAAUCCCACUCCACCCUUGACUCAAUGGACGCUCGACGCUCUGUUCAUUCUUCCUUAUACGCGUUUACGAUACUAUCGCAAGUUGUACGGGGGACUCCUUCGAAGCACCAAAGAAGGAAGAAGCGAUCAUAUGCUAUUGGUGAUGGCGAAUAAGAGACUAGAGAAAUUGGUUGGCGAAGUAGAAGCCAGGUUGGAACUGGAUGUCAGCGACCACGCGGAGAAAAAGCCUAUGUGCUCGUCCCCUGAAAGCGUUAAGAUUGAAGAAAAAGACAAGGAAAGACUCAGCAGGAGCAGUUCAGCGUUAGACAGCUCCAUGGAAUCCCAUAGAAAUAUCUCACCGUUCAGCAGCGGAAUUGAAAGCCACAGCUCAGGUGGUUCUAUUGUAACCAGUAUCGCGCAAUCUGCCCAAAGACCGCCAGCUGCCCAAUCUCCUGUUGGGACGGCCCCUGCUACCACAUUUGCAAUAACAUCACCCUUGUCUGAUCUUGAGUUGAGGAUAGAUCCAGAAAAGACGAUUGACUUAUUUACUAUGAAACUCAAGAAAUGUAAACUACAGAUGAAUCCCCCAUUCCUGCCUUUUAGUCGCUCUCUUCGCUCAUCACACGAUGUCACCCUUUACCUCACGCCUUCAGCAACCGGUCAACCGGUCGUACAUAAGCGUGCCCACAUUUUCAUCCUCAGUGACCUUUUCAUCAUUGCUGAAUGGAUGGAAGCGGCCGACAAGGCAUCGAAAAUGCAGCAGAUUGCCAGAGAACAACCUGAAAGAGUGGGCCGUGGUGGACCCAUGCCUGAAAUGUGGCUCAGUUACCCUCCUCUAGCGGGAAAGCACUUGAUGGUGGCGGAAGGGCUCCAAGCAAAUGUUCUAACAGUGAUGAUUAUGCGGAAAGAAACCUUUACGAUUCACACGGAAUCAGAAAUUGCGAAGGACCAAAUAAUGAGAGAUCUUAUUGAUUGCAUAGACUUUGCUUCUUCUGUCAAUCGACCACAUAAUGCAGCUCCCUCACCCGUUGAAUGUCAACCUCUGACCUCCGCUGGUCUCCCUGUCACUCGUUUCCCUGCACCAAUCACCAAAACCCCGGCCCUGUCUACCAGUUCUCGUGCAGACGACGCCAAACAAGCAAAAGCCAACGCCCAUGACCUGGUUUCCCAAAUUGAAAAAGUAUCUCUGGGGACGGAGGAGUGUGCUGUAUGGCCACAAAGUUCGACGCAACCUCCGCCACAGCAAAUGUCCAUGCCAUUUGCUGUAGUUGGACCAUCGGCCGUGACCACACCACCUCCACGAGGGACAAGUCUUCGCACGCGAGGAUUUCCUCCCAGCCCUAAAACAAAUCAAGUCCCUUUUUUUCAACCUGGACUAAUCAUGCCAUCCUCCAGCACACAAAUGUCUGCCCUCCCUCCUGUUCAGGGCAUGUCUUAUCCUCAGCAAGAUCAGCUACCUACGAGUCAACCACCUUCGAAAUCUCCCUCUGGCCAGUCCGUCGCUUCAGGCCCUCUGCAUCUACGAAUGCAACAGGACCUUCCAGCAACAUCUUUGGGGGUUUCAGGGUCUUUCGUAUCUGACCAACGUCAUGGGUCAAACUCGUUGGCGCCCCGUGCCAACGCGCUCGGAUCGAGGUUUCUCGAACCGCUUCGCCCGCUGGAGCCAUCAUCGGCAAUGUUUACCAAUAAUUUCCCCGGACGAGUGUCACCAUUGGGUGUGAGCAAUAAUGAUGAUUCCCCACCACAGUCCCCUAUUGAAGAGGAUAUUGCUUCGUUAACUGGGCCCACUAUCAUCUCUGCGCAGAUGAAGUGUAAGGUAUUUCUGAAACAGUCUCAUCAGCAAUGGAAGUCUCUCGGUUCUGGAAAACUCAAACUCUACUCUCAGGCCGUUGGCCAUGUCAAACAACUGGUGGUUGAAUCUGAUUCAUCAUCCAAACAAUUGUUUAUAUCGACCAUCGUUCUUACGGAUGGUGUUGAAAGGGUGGCGAAGACAGGUGUUGCGGUGGAAAUAUCAGAUCGGGGCAAGCGUACAGGGAUUGUAUAUAUGAUCCAGUUAAGAAAUGAAAACUCCGCAAUGGGGCUCUUUGAGAGCUUGUUAGCCGGGAGUGAUAGAGCGGUGCAACUGUAGACUUUAUGCUUGUGGUCUUGUGGUUAGAUGUGCAGAUAUUGAAUAUGAAACGCGCGACCAUAUAGCUUGCUGUUCACAUAUACAGGUAUAUACUACAUACAUGAGACAAACU